UCCUGCACUGAGGGAGUCGUCGCCGCGUCCCCUUUGCCGGCUUGCUCGCCCUGGCGGUGCCAUGGCGGCCUUCAGCAAGUACUUGACGGCGCGAAACUCCUCGCUGGCGGGGGCCGCGCUCCUGCUGCUCCUCCUGCUCCACAAGCGGCGCCGCGCCCUCGGCCUGCACGGCAAAAAAAGUGGAAAACCACCAUUACAGAACAAUGAGAAAGAGGGGAAAAAAGAGAGAGCAGCGGUGGACAAGGUGUUUUUAUUAAGGCUCACACAGAUUCUGAAAAUCAUGGUCCCUAGAACAUUUUGUAAAGAGACAGGUUACUUGAUACUUAUUGCUGUUAUGCUGGUGUCUCGAACAUAUUGUGAUGUUUGGAUGAUUCAAAAUGGGACACUCAUUGAAAGUGGAAUAAUAGGCAGAAAUAAGGCUUUAUUCAAGAAACCGUUAUUUAAAUUUAUAGCUGCUAUUCCAGUGAUUUCUCUGGUUAAUAACUUCCUGAAGUAUGGGUUAAAUGAGCUCAAAUUGUGCUUCCGAGUAAGACUCACUAAAUACCUCUAUGAAGAGUAUCUUCAAUCUUUCACAUAUUAUAAAAUGGGAAAUCUGGACAACAGAAUAGCUAAUCCAGACCAGCUGCUAACACAAGAUGUAGAAAAAUUUUGUAACAGUGUAGUUGAUCUGUAUUCAAAUCUUAGUAAGCCAUUUUUAGACAUAGUUUUGUAUAUCUUCAGGUUAACAAGUGCAAUUGGAGCUCAGGGCCCAGCAAGCAUGAUGGGCUACUUGCUUGUUUCUGGGCUAUUUCUAACUCGACUUAGAAGACCCAUUGGUAAGAUGACAAUAACUGAGCAGAAGUAUGAAGGAGAAUAUAGAUACGUUAAUUCUCGGCUUAUCACAAACAGUGAAGAAAUUGCCUUUUACAAUGGGAAUAAAAGAGAAAAGCAGACAAUCCACUCAGUCUUCCGAAAACUGGUGGAGCAUCUACAUAAUUUCAUUUUGUUUCGGUUCUCUAUGGGCUUCAUUGAUAGCAUAAUUGCCAAAUAUCUUGCAACUGUAGUUGGUUACCUGGUUGUCAGUCGUCCUUUCCUAGAUUUGUCUCAUCCUCGACAUCUCAAGAGUACACAUUCAGAACUGCUGGAGGACUACUACCAAAGUGGAAGAAUGCUUUUGCGAAUGUCUCAAGCUCUGGGUCGAAUAGUUUUGGCUGGGCGCGAAAUGACUAGAUUGGCUGGUUUUACUGCUCGGAUUACAGAAUUAAUGCAAGUAUUAAAGGAUUUAAAUCACGGCAAAUAUGAACGCACGAUGGUUUCACAACAGGAAAGGGGAAUUGAAGGAGCACAAGUCAUUCCCUUGAUACCUGGUGCUGGAGAAAUCAUCAAUGCAGAUAACAUUAUAAAGUUUGAUCAUGUUCCUUUAGCUACGCCAAAUGGAGAUGUCUUGAUCCGAGACCUUAGUUUUGAAGUUCGAUCUGGGGCCAACGUUCUAGUUUGUGGUCCAAAUGGCUGUGGAAAGAGUUCACUUUUCCGUGUUCUUGGUGAAUUAUGGCCUCUUUUUGGAGGACAUCUAACCAAACCUGAGAGAGGAAAGUUAUUUUAUGUUCCUCAGAGACCUUAUAUGACCCUUGGAACACUUCGAGACCAAGUGAUAUAUCCAGAUGGAAGAGAAGAUCAGAAAAAGAAGGGGAUAUCUGACCUAGUACUGAAGGAAUACUUAGACAACGUCCAGCUGGGUCAUAUCCUUGAACGUGAAGGAGGAUGGGACAGUGUUCAGGACUGGAUGGAUGUACUCAGUGGUGGAGAAAAACAAAGAAUGGCGAUGGCAAGAUUAUUUUAUCAUAAACCCCAGUUUGCCAUUUUGGAUGAAUGCACAAGUGCGGUUAGUGUGGAUGUGGAAGGCUAUAUUUACAGUCAUUGUCGAAAGGUCGGCAUCACCCUCUUCACUGUGUCACAUAGAAAAUCUCUUUGGAAACACCACGAGUACUACCUGCGUAUGGAUGGCAGAGGAAAUUAUGAAUUCAAACAGAUAACAGAAGAUACAGUUGAGUUUGGCUCUUAGAGAAAUCUGGGGAACUGUACCUGCUUCAAUGAAAUAAUUACAGAAUACACUUAGAAAUACAAAGUACAUUGUAAAAUAAAGUUGAGCUUUCCUUUUUUUUUUUACACAAAGCAAAAGAUUAACUAGAUAUAGAAUAAUUGAAGACAAGUUGUUAAAACAUUUAAUAUUAUAUAGGAUAUUGCUAAUUGUGUAUAUGUUGGUUUAAUUAUUAAUAUGUACUAAGAAUGUCCUUAUUCUUGUGGUUAAAACCUGCCUAAAUUAAAUUGGGCUUAAAUCAGUGUAACCUGAUUCAUCCUGGGAUGUAAACCAUUUGAAGUCAGCUAAUUUGACUUUUAUGGCUCUGUCUUUUCCUUCAAUGAAGAACCCUGUUUAAAACUGGGGUCAUCAUUUGUCCUAUUCUAACAAGAUAGUCCUGAGUUUCAUUUUCUUGUGCCCCAUGGUAGUGGGAAACAAAUCGGAAUGUAUUAUUAAAAUGUAUAACAUCAUUGCGUAAUAGCAUUUAUUACACAGUGGCAGAUUUUUUUAGCUGUCGCAAUUAUAUAUUCAUUCCUUGUAUAUGUCUUGGGGUGCAUUUGACUCCAGGAAGGCCAUUUGUAUUUUCUUUAGCUAAAUAAAUGCCCCUCUCAAUCUGCAGUAUUGCAUUAUUUGAGGGUUCUUUGUGGUGAUGUAACAAAUGUAUAUGUGCAGUCUUGCUUACAAGGAGUGGUUAACAUGUCACACCUAAUCUUCACAAUGGUUGGGGUACUAAAACACAAAGUCCUUACAUGUCAUGCUGAAGGUCUUACAAGUAUUUUAUAUUUUUAAAAGAAUUGGAAAGAUUGUGUGUUGUAAGAAGCCCAUUCAUUAGAAGUAUGGUGGUGAGAUGGUAUUAAAUUCCAGAUGAGCCAUAGGAAUGCACUACAUGAAUGCACUAAGUAUGAAAUACUAUCACUGUCUUUGAUCGUGAUUUUUUAAAAAUGUUAUAAAAUUAUUAUGCAUAUGGAUGAAUUUUGUUUUCUAGGCACUGGUUUAUUUCUGUGAAUUUUGAAUAACUUUUUAAUAUUUUGGUUAUUAUGUUGAACUAUCUUAAGGGAAAUCAAUCUCAGCUCACCAAACCACCAUUAAUAACUACAUGUAUUAUUUGCACAGGGAGAACUGAAAGUGAAUAUAAUUAAUAAGCUAGAUUUGAAAUCAGUUUUACCAAACAGAGGUUCAGAAAGGGGCAUUUUGUACUCUUCUUUCUACAUAACCAGUUUUGUUUUUUUCAGAAUUAACUGUAAGAAUUACUGGCUACCAAAGUAAACUCGAUGUACUGAUGCCAUAAUAUGUAACAUUCAGUUUUUACCAAUUCUCUUUAGCAAACUUGUGUACUUAUUUUCUGUUCGGAUUAAAAAAAAUCAGGUACCCUAUACAA